AUGACCACAGAGGGAGAUGAAACUGAAGACAUUGACAUUCACGAAUUGGACCACGAUCCUAUCAGCAACACCGAAGCGGAUCGUAUGAUCAUCGCUAUCGAUUUUGGAACGACGUUCUCCUCCGUCGCGUAUGCCGUUCUGCCGAGAGGUGUAGCACCGGAAAGGAUCGACCUACGCCACAUCAAAUGCAUUGGUAAUUAUCCAGGCUAUGAACCUCCGGAAGGUGUACUGGACUUCAGGCAGGAUGUACCGACUGAGUUGUGGUACGAUGAUGGAUUAACGGGAAGCUGGAGGCAGCCAUAUACCAACGGAUUCGAUGAUGACAUCCAAGGCUCAGAGGGCGAGAAAGAAGACUCAAGCAGUGACGAGGACGGAUCCGACAACCAGGAAUCACGAUCGCAAUUUGAUGAUGGCAAUGAAAUUGAGGGACUUACCAACACACAGUCCAGAGCCAGAGCGAACAACACAGUGGAGCAAUACUGGGGUUACGAAGUACAACAGAAACUCAACGAGAUGAACGCUCCUCGAGAUGACGCCCGGCCACUCACCAGAAUCAAGCUUAAUCUCAUCGAUGGGAGCGAUACUAAAGAUAUUCAGACUGAACUCAGGGCAAAUUUGAGGACUUUGAGAAGAAGAAGAAUCAUUGACAGGGACACCGACAUCUACAAGCACUAUCUAUCACAUCUCCUGGAACACACGAAGGAACAAUUGCUGUUUUCGAACGAGCUUCAACAAGAUACGCUUAUCCAGUUUGUCUUAUGCGUACCCGCGAAAUGGCCUGGCAAUGCAUGUCGAAAUAUGCAGACUGCGCUAGAGCAAGCCGUCAAGCAGGUUGGUUUCAGCAAAAACGCCGAUGAUGAUGUUUGCAAUCUGUUCAUGAUCUCUGAGCCUGAGGCUGCUGCUGAAUGUAUCCUGGCAGAGGCUGGAAGUGAGCUUUACAACAACGAGACAGUUGUGGUGCUCGAUGCUGGGGGAGGCACAGUAGAUGCUGUAACAUACAAGUGUGUGAAUGGCGAUCCUGUGAGGUUGGCUGCAGAAGUUGUUGCUCCAGAUAGUAAGCUGUGUGGAGCAAGCUAUAUCAAUGAACGGUAUGAGAAGAAGUUACUCCAAAAGCUUGCAAACGAAACAUACCUGGUCAAUGACCCGUACAAUACGAAGUCCCUGAAGAGCAUCGUGCAAGUCAGAACGGGUAUCUUCGAAAAUUACCAGAAGAGAAUCAUUGACACCACGAAGCGGAAGGAGGAGACCUUUCGAGUUAGAAUCGAAAAUCUAAGGGAAAACAGGAGAAAGGGCUUCUAUUCAGAUAACCUGGAGCUGAAACGUAAAACUAUGAAGAAUUUCUUCGAACCAUCGCUGGCAGGUGCAAAAGAAGUCCUCGAAAACCAACUGGACCUGGCAGAGAACAAAGAUCGUCGCGUCGAGAAAGUCAUCCUCACUGGCGGUUUCGGCCAAUCUCCUUCCCUGCAAAGCUACCUCAGAAAGUAUCUUGCGGAACGGACCAACGCCAAAGGACGAAACAUUGACCUCGUUGUUCCGCAAAAUCCGUCAACCGCAGUAGCUAGAGGCGCGGUCCUUCGGGCGCUGAACAAGAGGUUCGGUCCUAGUCGCAUCAUACAGUGCAGCUACGGAUUCAUUCUGAGUGAACUUUACGAACCUGAAGAGGUAGAAGCACAUAGGCGCACAAAAUGCCGGAUCAACAAAGUUGAUGGAGAACGAUACGUCGAUGGGACCAUCCGGUGGGUCCUGCGAGCAGGACAGAGAGUGGAGAACAUGCAAGCUUUUACUUUCCACGUCAAACACACAUUUCCCCAGACAAACAAAAAGCUUCUAUGUGCAGAGCAACUUUGGAUGUCUGACUCUGAACACCCUGACCAUUACAGGAAGACGCACGCUUUGAACAAAGGAGCUGUGAUGGUCGGUUAUCUCGAGGCAGAUUUGACACGUCUGAAAGACGAAGGUCGCAUUGCUCUGCAGCAGCCAUCUGAGUAUAGUACAUAUACAGGUUCUCAGAAGAAGUACUAUGAAGUUCACUAUGAAGUAGCGUUGAUUGUCGAAGGAAGGAGUAUUCACUUCGAAGCAAGAUACCCUGUCAAGGACAACUUGCGCCCAGGGGAAAAACAAGAGGUCCUCGGAGCGAAGCUUGUUGGGAUUGCAGCAGCGUUCGCGCCAGGUACUGCAUAG